AGCCGACUCGUACUGUGAAUACAUGAGACACGAUGGCAACUCUGCAAUUGGCCUCAUGGGCCACUAAUCUCACUUAUGCCAACCUCACCACCAGCGUCGUCGACGCUGCCGUCAAGAGCAUGUACAACUGGGCCGGCUGUGCAAUCGCGGGAUACGCCCAAGACGCCCCCCAAAUCGCUUUCAACACCACUUCGGCUUUCUUCGGCGGCCCACCGACAUCAAGUAUACUCGGCUCAAACGGCUCCAUAGGUAAUACUUUCGCAGAUGCGCAACGAGCAGCCCUAAUCAACGGCAUCGCCUCCCAUAUUGAUGAUUACGACGACACCCAUCUCGAAAGCAUCAUCCACCCAAGCGGCCCUGUCGCUAGCGCUCUCCUGGCCGUAUCCGAAUGGCGUGGUCCAGUUUCGGGUCAAGACUUCCUAACCGCGUUUGUAGCUGGCGUGGAAACAGAGUGCAAGCUCGGCCUCUCAGUCUACCCUGAGCAUUACGAUGUCGGCUGGCAUACUACGAGCACGACGGGCUCCAUAGGUGCCGCAGUGGCCGUGGGCAAGAUCCUCGGUCUCGAUACGACGCAGAUGCAGCACGCCAUUGGAGUAGCUGCCACGCAAGUCGUCGGUAUGCAGGCUUUCUUCGGCUCAAUGACGAAAUCGUUCCACAUUGGUCGCGCAGCCCAGGGUGGGAUGCUCGGGGCGUUGCUAGCGAGCAACGGCUAUACGAGCUCGUUGGAGGCUCUGGAGGUCGAAUACGGGUGGCUUCACGUGGUCAGCACGAGAGAAAAUGCCACGGCUUAUUUUGAUCAGUUGGGCGAGAUCUGGGAGAUCGAGAAGAAUACAUUUAAACCGUUUCCGUGUGGAAUUGUGAUGCAUCCGACUAUUGAUGGAGCUACGCAGUUGCAUAACCAGUCAGUUGAACAGGGGAAGGAUCUUGGGAGUAUCAAGGCCAUUGAAUUAGUGGUCAAUUCCGAAGUGCUAGUUUUGACAGGGAAGGAGAGUCCUGUGACUGGCUUGGAGGGGAAGUUCAGCAUUUACCACGCAGCGGCAGUUGGGAUACUGUUCGGCGAGGCAACACCGGCACAGUUUACGGACGAGGCCGUGAACAACAAGACGGUUGUUGACAUGCGUAAGAAGGUCAGUGUAAAGACGGAUGAUGACAAGUAUAGCACGGCCCAGGCUCUUGUCACCAUUGAGUUUGAGGACGGGAGUACUUUGGAGAAGGAGAUCGAGCAUGCAAUUGGCAGUCUGGAGAACCCACUGAAUGAAACUGAGUUGAAGAAAAAGUUCUUGGAUCAGGUUUCGAAGCAGUUUGGAGAUGUCAGGGCUGAAAAGGCUUAUGAUGCCUUUGCGAAUAUUGGCAACAUGAGUGAUGUAGGAACUUUGCGGAUGUUGUACUAAAUGCGCCAACAUUCGACGGAUAAAGUCAUGGGAAAACGACAACAACUUUCUGGCCCAGUUACAAUUUGAUUUUAUUGAAAUUUG